AUGGAAUCGACCCUCUCUACACCUCGAAUCGACCUCGAUACUCAUGAAGAUGAGCUUGUUCAUCUAUUCGAUGAUACGGCAGCCACUGGAUCACGCUUUCACCAAACACCCAGUCCAAGACUGGAAGUAUUCAUCUCUGCUAAGGACGUUUCCGUGGAACCGCGAUCUCCUGGAGUUUAUCCGGGAUCUCCUGGAGCUCUGGAGGAGCAUCGCAGGAAGGUCAAAAGCGCAGAUGGGGGCCGUACAUAUUCUCGUACAACAUCAGCAGAUUUGCUCGACGGCUUCGUCGGAAAGCGAUUGACUACUAUUGAUUUGAGAGUCGUCGGUCUAAAAGAAGAACGAGAGCAUGUGCAGAAGAAAACGUUCACGAAAUGGGUAAACUCUCAUCUAGUCAGAGUCAGCUGCAAGAUUCAGGAUCUCUAUAUGGAUAUGCGAGAUGGAAAGAUGUUAUUGAAACUAUUAGAAGUUUUGUCCGGGGAACGCCUGCCGAAGCCGACCCGUGGAAAAAUGCGCAUCCAUUGUCUCGAGAAUGUCGACAAAGGUUUACAAUUUCUCAAAGAUCAGCAUGUGCACUUGGAGAAUCUUGGCUGUCAUGAUAUAGUUGAUGGAAACCCCCGCCUAACCCUAGGUCUGAUCUGGACCAUCAUUUUGCGAUUCCAGAUCCAAGAUAUCACUUUCGAAGACGCUGACAAUCAUGAGACGCGAUCCGCCAAAGAAGCGCUGCUACUUUGGUGCCAGAUGAAGACGGCUGGCUAUCCCAACGUAAACGUCAGAAACUUCACCACAAGUUGGCGCGAUGACGUAAAUGUCCGCGAUCCGGAUGAGAAGUCCAUCAUCACCUAUGUUGUUACUUACUACCACUACUUCAACAAGUUGAAGCAGGAGACUAUUCAAGGAAAACGUAUCGGAAAGGUUAUCAACGAACUUAUGGAGAACGAAAAGAUGAUAAAUCGCUAUGAAACUAUUUCUUCUGAUCUCUUAGAGUGGAUUAAACAAAAGAUUGAAGUCCUCAAUGACAGGAAAUUCCACAACUCAUUACACGGAGUGCAAGAACAACUCGCCGAGUUCAAUAACUAUCGAACGCAAGAAAAGCCGCCGAAGUUCGAAGAGAAGGGUGAGCUUGAGGUGCUCUUAUUCACCCUUCAGUCCGCUAUGCGUGCCAACAAUCAGCGCCCAUUUGUGCCUCGUGAAGGAAAACUCAUCGGAGACAUCAACAGAGCAUGGGACACGUUGGAGAAGGCUGAACAUGAGCGCGAGCUGGCUCUGAAAGAAGAGCUGAUCCGCCAGGAGAAGCUGGAACAGCUGGCUGCUCGAUUCAACCGUAAGGCCGAGAUGAGAGAGACUUGGCUCACCGAGAACCAACGUCUUGUCAGUCAAGACAACUUCGGAUCGGAUCUCGCAAGCGUUGAGGCUGCUACAAAGAAGCACGAAGCCAUCGAAACAGAUAUUUUCGCGUACGAAGAACGUGUACAAGCAGUUGUUGCCGUUGCCGGAGAACUUGAGGCAGAGAACUACCACGGAAUUGACGAAAUCAAUAACAGAAAGGAGAAUGUCCUUAAGCUGUGGAAUUAUCUAUUCCAGCUUCUUCUUGCUCGUCGUGUCCGACUUGAGCUAUCCAUGGCAAUCCAGCGCAUAUUCCAUGAUAUGCUUCUUACGCUCGACCUAAUGGAUGAUAUUAAGGCACGCCUUCUAUCUGACGAUCUUGGUGCCCAUCUUAUGGAUGUCGAAGACAUGCUUCAAAAACAUGCUUUACUUGAAUCCGAUAUUAAUAUCAUCGGAGAACGUGUGCGUAAUGCCGUCGCUCAGGCUCAAAGAUUCCGCGAUCCAGAAGGUCCAGAUGGUAGUGGCUACCUGCCAGUGGAACCAGCUGUGGUCGACGAGCGGUCAGCUAUAUUACAGGCGAGAUUGCUCGAUCUGGCUGCUCAGCGUAAACGACGCCUGGAGAAUAACCGCAAACUCUGCCAGUUCUGGUGGGAUGUGGCUGAUCUCGAGAACAGCAUCAAGGAUCAAGAGCGAGUGCUCAGCUCCACAGAUACUGGCAAAGAUAUUGUGACAGUAUCACAUCUCCUAGCGAAACAUAAGAACGCUGAGAAUAAUCUUGGUGAAAUUGAACGCCAAUUAGAACAACUUUCCAAAGAUGGUGAUCAAUUGUUGGCAGAGAAUAUUCCUGGAUCGGAUAACAUCCCACCACGUAUCCAGGAUAUUCGCGAUUAUUUGAAGAAGCUUCGUGAUCUCGCUAAUGCGAGGCGCCAGAGGCUCGCUGGCGGUCUUGACUACUAUCAGUUCUUCACUCAUGCUGAUGAUGUCGAUGCGUAUCUUCUUGAUACUCUUCGACUCAUUUCAAGUGAUGACGUCGGUAAAGACGAAGGUACCGUGAAGCUGCUUCUGAGAAAGCAUGACGACGUAACCGACGAGCUGAAGUCA